GUGUCCUGGAUACUCCGUCUCAAUAUUACACCACUCCCACUCCCUGCUCGACCUCUGCAUAAACACAUCUGCGUUUUUGGCUGAAGUCUCUUGAGGGAAAUGCGGGGAAGUACAAAUUUCCGGCUGUUUUCCUGGCAUAUAUUUACGCUUUUUCUAAAUCGGUCCCUGUCCAAAGUUCCUUGUCUGCGCCUUGGCGCUUUCGGCGCUGUGAGCCGCCGUUAGGGUCACAGUUUUACUGCUGUUCUUAGUAGGGAGGGUUCCGGCAGCGAUCGUUGCUGACGUUGGCCUACUUUUCACUGCCAGGGGAAUUUUAAUUGUAUUUCCAAAUGAAGCCUGCGAAAGAAGUUAACCGGGAGAUUUCAUUCUCGGGCAUGUAUUUAGAAAAGCAUUGAAGCGGAGGGCCGUGUUGUUUGUAUCACCAUCGUCCGUCUUCCGCCUCGGCCGAAAGGUUCACGUCAGGCAAAACCCUUGCAUGGAAGACGGAAUGCAAAGGAUAAUAAUAUCCAAGGCCGCUGACCACUGGGAAUGGAAAAUUUACGGAUGGUCUGGCUGAUGUUUCUUUGCUUGAUCUGUUCCGCCAACUCUUUCUGUCCUGAACAAUGUGACUGUCAACAUCGCCACGUGCUCUGCGCAAACCGAGGUCUCCGGGCUGUCCCGAAAGCACGGCAAAAUGUGGAUGUUCUUACGUACAGCCUCGGGGGCAACUUCAUCAGCAACAUCUCCGACGUGGAUUUCACUAGCUUUAGCAAGUUGCUUCGACUGGACUUGCAAUACAAUAAGAUCGAACACAUUCACCCGAAAACUUUCGAGAAACUUUCGAGGCUGGAGGAGCUGUACUUGGGUAACAACAUCAUCUCAAACGUCCCUGCCAAUGUUUUCAAUUAUCUCCGGAGAUUGAGGCUUCUCAAUAUGAAUAACAAUAGAUUGACGAAACUGAAUCAAAACGUGUUUGCACACCUAGAAAACUUAGUUAAAUUAAGACUCGAUGGGAACACUUUAGAGGUCUUGCAAGAUGCGAUUUUCAAACACUUGGUUAAUCUCCAUUACUUGCAGUUAGAGUCCAACAAGAUCCACGUUGUUAGUGGAAGUACGUUUAUAAAUUUAAGAAACCUUGUAUAUUUAAACCUUGCCAAGAAUAACCAGACUUCAUUACACAACAGUGCCAUGUUUACACACCUGACAUCACUGGCAACUUUAGUCCUAGAUGAAAAUAAUAUCAAAUAUGUUGGAAACCGGGUUUUUGAAAUGCUACAGAAACUCUCUAGUCUGUCCCUCAGCAAGAACAAGAUUUCUUACCUUGGUUCUGAAGUCUUUGGAGGCCUCCAUGGGCUGAAGGAAUUGUUUGUUGAUGGUAACCUGCUGAGGGAAAUCCCAAGUAAACUGUUGGACCCUCUGGUAAAGUUAGAACAAUUAGAUCUCAGUGAGAACCAGAUCACCAUUAUCCAUCCACUGGCAUUUAAACACCUGACGGUUCUCAAAGUGCUGAAGCUGAAAAGCAACCGUUUGACCUACUUACCCGGAGAAACUUUUGCGUUUACCAACUCUAUAUACAGCCUUGAUCUAAGCAGCAAUAAUUGGACAUGUAACUGCCGGCUGACGGGCUUAAAGCGGUGGAUAAACCUGGCUCACGCCCAGGGCAGGCUGCUGACCAUGUUCGUCCUGUGCAGUAACCCCCUCAGUCUGAAGGGAAAGUAUCUGGAUUACCUGACGGACUCCGAGAUGUGUUCCCCUCAUAAGGCACAGUCGCUGUUCAAUUCUUCCAAGGGCUCCUUGGUCGAUGGAGCCCUGAGUGUGGACCGAGUCAACAUUCAGUCAGACCAAGAACGGAUCUUGGACGAAGAUGGCGCGCACACGGAUGGGGCUACCGGCCUGCAGCAGAAGCCGUCUGCUCGACCUAUAACGGUCACCAGCCUCCUGCCUAAAGACAAGCAUCUCAUUCUAGAGCCAAAGCCAACCAAGCCAGUCACAGUCAGCUCAAUUCAACGGGAAUCCCCAAUAUCUCUAAUCACAGCUCAGAAUUCCUUGGAUGUUUUAACUCCUUACACCACUUUCCCAAUAUCCUCGAAAUCGGAGCGGUACUAUCUCCUGAAGGCCAAGGAUAAAGUGGUGCAAAAGCCAUUGAUAACCGAUCCCUGUGAGUUCAAUAAGCUCUACAUUACCAACCUGACGGUGGGCGAGGUGAGCCCAUCCACUGCUACCAUCCGCUGGAAGGUGGCCCACCCGGGUUUCAGGAACGCCGUGCAUUUCCGUGUGCUCUUCGACCGGUUCGGCCAGCUGGUGACAUUCCACCGCUUCAUAUACGUCAAGGACAAGUCGGAGUGGGUCACCUUGAGGGAGCUGCGGGAGGAGACGCCUUAUAUUGUGUGCCUGGAAAGUGUCAUUGCUGACCGGGUGUGCCAGAUAGCGUCCCGUGACCAUUGCCUCGGUGUUCUUACGUUGCCUGUAAAGCGAGGUCCCCUGGAUGUGCAGCACUUCAUUUUGAUUCUGUCGGGCAUCAACGCUUUCCUGGUGCUUCUGGGGCUACUCAUCUGGACGUCGAAGGCGCUGAGAAAGCUGCGGAGGAAAAGAACCCCAGUCAGUGUGCGGCGGAUGUACUCCACGCGCCGUCCCCUGCGCUCCGUAGGCUCUGGGGUCUCGGCAGGGGACUGUACGGGCUUCCAGACCAACAGGUCACGGUCGGUCAUGUAUCAACUCAACGAGGCAGAUCUGAUGGACUUCCAGUCUGACCGACUCAUGGACAUUAAUUUAAGGAGGGAAGAUAUUGGGCAACGUUAUGGUGAUUAGUACGCACCAAUAAGAAAGCCAUUACUCAAGGAUAUUCAGCACAUCAUUUUCUGUAGUUUCUGCCAUCGUCACCUGUACAUCCAUCUUUAUCUCCAUCUUUACAGGGAUCAAUUGGAGUUUUAAUCCCUCCACUGUCUGUGAGAAGUUUGUCCAUUCACCCCAUGGGUUUUCUGAGUGCUCCAGUUCCCUGCCACAUUCCAAAGACAUACGGGUUCGGGUUAGUGAGUUGCAGGCAGGCUAUAUUGGCACUGGGAACAGGGUGGCACAGGGUGACUGUUUGUUGUUGGUGCAAGCAACACAUUUCACUGUAUGUCUUGAUGUUUCAAUGUAUUUGGGACAAAUAAAAUUAAAAAUAGUGAUUACUUUAUUGGGAUCAUACCACUAAGCACAUCUUCUCUCUUCCCCUCCCCCCCCCCAACUUUCCACUCUCUGCGAUUCCCUUGACCACCAAUACCAUUGAUUUCCUUCCCACUCGCCGAUCUCCCCCCUGGCCCUUAUCCCUGCAAACAUGACAAGUGCUACACCUGCCCCUACAUCUCCCUCUUUGCUACCAUUCAGAACCCCAAACAGUCCUUUCAGGUGAGGCGAGUCUGUCAGGGCUAGCUAUUGAACCUUGUGCUCCCGGUGCAGCCCCCUGUACAUCAGUGAGACUCCCAGAUCAGAGGACUGCUUUGUCAAGCACCUUCACUUUGCCUGGUGGCUGCUCGUUUCAGUUGGACUUCCCAUUCCCAUUCCGGCAUGUCCGUCCAUGGCCUCCUUGUUGCCAGGACGAAGCCAAGCUCAGGUUGGAGGAGCACCACCUUGUAUUCCAUCUGGGUAGCUCCAACCUGAUGCCACGAGCUUUGUCUUUGACAAUUUCUCCCCUCCCCCUUCUCAUCUGCUUAUCACCCCCCUCUGAUGUCCCUCCUUUCCUUUUUUUCCAUGGUUCUUUCCUUGAUUUUCAGCCUUUUCCCUCUUCUAACUAUUACCUCCCAGCCCACUUCAACCCCGUCCCUUGCCCGCCUUUACCUGCCUCACCCAUCACCUGCCAGGUCAUACUCCUUUCCACACCCCCACCUUAUUCUGCCUCCUGCCUCCUUUCUGUCCUGUCUUGACAAAGGAUCUCAGCUCAAUAUGUUGACUCUUUAUUCCCCUCCAUAGAUGCUGCCUGACCUGUUGAAUUCUGCCAGCAUUCUGCUUGUGAUGUUUCAUUAUUAAUUUGACUUGUUAAUUCUGAUUGACAAAAUGUUAUCAUAACUGCAGAGUGCUGUUGGGAAUUGCCCACAGCUUAUGUCCAGCUAUGGUUUCAAUAAUAUCUUUAGGGUUGAGAGCAAAUCUGUCUAUCAAAAUGUAAUAAUAUUGCUUGACAAUGUCUGCUAAAUUUGGGUAAGGAUGAAGAAAGAAUUUGCCUCAGUGUUUUUUGUGACUUCAGAACAUGCAGAUUCUUCAAGGCCAAUGUGAAUUGUAAAUGUUUAUGGUUUUCAUGUAAGACGAACAGAUAAUUUAUGCAAAAAGACAGAUUAAGUAACCAGUUGAAUUGUUUUCUUACUGUUGAUUGAGGGACUAAUGUUGGGCUAGACACCAAAAUGACACUACUACUUUGAAAAGGAAUGUAUGUUCUAGUCCAAAUGUGGGUCAAUGGAGUAGAUUGGGUGAGUCUAGAACUAGAGGUUAUAGGUUAAGGGUGAAAGGGGAAUUUGAGGGGGAGCUCUUUGUUCAGAGGGUGGUGUGAGUGUGCAGUAUCUGUCAGUGUAAGUAGUAGAUACUGGUCCAAUUUCAACAUUUAAGAGAAGUUUGGAUCCAUGUAUGAAUAUGAGAAGUAUGGAGGACUAUGGUUCAGGUGCAGGACAAUGGGACUAGUUAGAACAACAGUCGGACAUGGACAAGAUGGGCCAAAGGGCCUGUUUCUGUGCUGUAGUACUCCAUGAUUCUCAGAUACCUUUCCAUUCAUCUGAACAGAUAGAUGAGGCCAUCAUUUAAUACCCCAACUCUACGGUGGCAUUUCAGAUAAAGCAGAGCUUCCUCCAUGUGAACUGCACUGUUUGUAAAUUCCUCUACUCAAGUAUUUCAAUUGGAGGAUUAAACUUCCAAAUCAUCUGACUCGGAGGGGAAAAAAAUGUUAAAAAAAAUGAUGAAUCUGGCUCAAUUUCCACAAGAUGACCAGGCUUAAUUUUGCCUUGUGUCAAAUCUUAAGCUAUGUGUAUCUCUCACUUUAUUCAGUGUUACUGGGAGUACUCACUUCUCUACAUGGUGGAAUAAAGGGCACUUUAAAGGAAUGUGCAGUAUAUAUCAUUUCAGAGUCCCUUGGAGAGCAAUGCAGUGCUUCUUCAAAAUAGUAACGACUGUCCCAUCAUGUGUAAUUUUUUUUGUGAUUGGCUGGUACAUUUGGUAAAGUAAAAGUUGUAAUCUCUUCAAAAUGGAGCCAGUGGAUUUGCUCUAUUGGACAUUUCACCCAGUAGAAGCUGAGUGAUUGGUAUUGUAAGACAUUAAUGUACAUUACAACUAAUUUAAUGCCUCUAAUGAAAAUUCCUGCAUAGUACUUGUGUAUCUAUUUUUGAUGUGUCUGGUCUCUAAUGAUUUCUUAAUUAACUAUCAUAUUUCAACACAGUGAUAAGAACGAAAAAUAGUUUUCUGUUUUUUCAUAUAUAAAAUUCUGGAGGAACUCAGCAAGUGGAGAAGCACCUAAAAAGGGCAAUUAAGACUGAACAGUCAACAUUUCGGGCUGAUAGCCUUCAUUAGGAUUCCCGAUGAAUGGUCUUGGCCAAAAAUAUUGAGGGUUUAUUCCCUCCAUGGAUGCUGCUUGGCUUGCUGAGUUUCUCCAGCAUUUUGUGUGUAUUGCUCAAGAUUUCCAGCAUCUGCAAAAUCACGUGUGUUUAUGAUUUUCUGUUGUUUGCUGACAUGGAGCUAAACUAUUGUCUUCCAUUUCAUAUUUUCUUUACUGAGUUGUACCUAGGCUGAUCCACCUUGAAUUCUUUUGAAGGAUGGCCAGUAAAAGCCAGGAGAGUUAGAGUCAGGAAGUUUAAAUAACUUUGCUUUUAGCUCAAAAGUGCAAUUGUACAAAGGAGAAGACGGUUAUUUGUUCCAUCAAAAGUCAUAGAAAAACAGAACAGAAACGGGCCAUUGCAUUACAUAGUUCUGUGUCACAGACUGUCAUCUAACAUACCAGUUGCAGCUUUAGUGUUUUCGUUUGUAUGAACAGUUUAUUUGCCAUUGUCAGCCAGUGUCAUCUUUACCUUCAGAAGGAUGUUUCCUCACCGUUCACUCAGAAAUUCAAGGGUAGAUCAUAAAUUGCAAGCUAUUUGACAGAUUACUGGAAACCAUUGUAAAUUUACCCAACUACAAAUGGUGCUUCAGCAAUGUGUGCAUAAAGUCAAAGCCCAUCUAAAGCUGAGUAUUAACUUGCCUAGUUCCAUCAAUCUGACCUGGACCAUAGCCCUCCCAUCCAUGUACUUAUCCAAACUUCUCAUAAAUGUUGCAGAAAACAGUUGAAUCUGCAUCCACUGCUACUGCUGCCUGCUCAUGCCACACUUGGACCACUCUCUCAGUGAAGAAGUUAUCCCUUACGUAUUUCUCCUUGCAUCCUUAGCCUAAGACCUCUAGUUCUAGUCUCGCCCACCCUCAAUGGAAAAAAGUUGCUUGCAUUUACUCUAUCUGUACCCUUCAUAAUUUUAUAUACCUCUAUCAAAUCUCCCUUCAUUCUCCUAUGCUCCAGGGAAUAAAGUCCAAAUCUAUUCAACCUUUCGCUAAGAACUCGGGUACUCAAGUCCCAGCAACAUCCUGGUUUUUGCUACAUUCAAUGUUCUCCCUAGAAGGAGGCAGAAGAUGACCUGAUUUUUUUUCCUCUUUUUAAAAAAAAACAUUUUUGCUGAUAAUCACUAAGAAUGCUGUUUUGAAUAAUUUCAUUAAAUUUUGUUAGCAUGUGAGCAACUUAACUACCAAAGAUCCAUAAUUUGAUUAGUUAGCAAACGUCAGCAGAAUUCUGUUUAUCAGUUUACUUAGCUGAAUUUCAAAAACUCCAUUGAGUUUAACACGGUUGCUUAGAGUAAGCCACUGAAGAAAUGUAAUUUCUCUAAUCGUCAUUGAUAAUUUUUAAUUAUUUUCCAAAUCAGCUCACAUUGAAAGCAUUCUUGUCUCUGAACCUAAAUAACUUCCAGUACUGAAAGCAAAUUUUGGGCAAACAAAUUCAGUCGUCAGGUUAGAGACAAUUAAUUAAAUAAUCAGGAAAUGACGGCGAUUGAAUUAAUAAUGUUUUUAUCUUUUAAAAUGUCUAAUAACAUUCUUUUAAAGAUUUUAAAAGACUGCUAACUAAAAUACAGAUAUUUUUUCAGUAGCUCAUUUCUGUGAUAAUUAGUUCUAGUGUGAUAUUUGCUACAUUUGGGUAUCUGAGCUUGACUCAUAGAAUUUUAGAUGUACUCUACAUUUAUGGAAAUUCUCAUGCUCAUUCAGUACUAUCCUCCCUUCCUAGUAUACACUUACCUGCACCGUAUAUCCCCUGAGUUCUCCAACCCUCCAGUUUAACCUCCAGUUAACGCUUUGUGAAUUCCUCUCUCCAGGUUGCUCAAUCAUUAGUGACUGCCCAAUCAGGUACCACAUCCCAAACCCUGAAGCAUUUUUACUAAAAUUCGCUGCCUCUCCAUCUGCUGCUCCUCAAGAUUAAUUCCUAAUAUCAAUCUAAUACUUUCUUCACCUGUAUUUAGCGUUUCCUCCAUGGGCACCUUGGGCAAUGAUGCAGAUAGAUAAAUGCACAUUCUUGAAGACCUGUAGAUUGGUCUUGCUGUUAUCCAAACUGUUACCUUUCAUUCAUCUGCUUGGAUCUGCAGAUAAUCCCUACGGUUGGAAAUGUGCUCUUUUCAUAUGCUUGAAUUUUAAAACUCAAUUACAAUAACAACUAAUAUGAGCUUAUCCAUUUAAUCUUUUCAGGAAAUUUCAUCAAGUAUGUACUCUUUAUGGUAUACCUUCAGUGUUUUGAAAUGUGCACUUUUCCAACUGAAACAUCUGUUAAAUAUUAGUCCAAGGAUGCAAGGGACAUGAGAACAAAACUUGUAACUGUCUAUCAACUCAACUCAAACAGGAAGAGUUUGAAUCAAACAAAUAAUCAGUUUUCAGGAAAUAAAUGAGUCACAUCAGAAAACUCGAUUUAUGGAUACAUCUACAUCCUUCGCUGACGACAAACAUAAGCAGCUGGAAGUAUGGGCAGGUUUCAGCCAAUUAGAAUAAAACAUUAGAAGUAAAUAAUGAAAAUAUAAUGGAAAAAUAUUUCUGUAAAGCUGCAUCACUUGCCAAGGCUGGUCAUCAAACCGUCCUCAGCUUUACGUUACUGAGAACUCUGAGCCCCAGCUAUCCUCUCAGAUGAAUUCACCCAUCAUUAAAACAUCAGAAAAGGGGGUUAAUAACAGUGGUAUAUGUUGAGAAAUUUAUUGGCUGCAGUACAGUGAAAUACAUUAAAAAAUUACAAUAAGAAAUAGAAUUUUUUAAAAAUUAUGUAGUGCAAAAAGAGAGCAAAAGAAUAUAGUGAGGUAGGGUUCAAUGUUUUAGGAACAGCUUCUUCCCCUCUGUCAUCAGACAGUGAGCGAUUCAUUGCCCAUUCAGAAAUCUGAUGGCGGGGUCGUGGGGGGGAGGGGGAAGCUGUUCCUAAAAUCGAGUGUGUGCAGGUUCUUGUACCUUUUCCUUGACAGUAGUUAUGAGCAGAGGGCAUCUCCUGGGUAGUGGGGAUCCUUAAGGAUGGAUGCCCCCUUUGGAAAAUGACCUUGAUGCUGGAGAGGUUAGUGCCCAUGAUGGAGCUGGCAGAGUUUGCAACCCUUUGCAGCUUUUUCUGAUCCUGUGCAGUGGUCUUUCCAUAGCAGAUGGUGUUGCAACCAGUUUGAAUGAUCCUCGUAGUACAUAUUAUAUGUAGAAAUUUGCUAGAGUCUUUAGUGACAUAACUCCCUUCAAACUCCUAAUUCCUCCUUUAGUCUGACCUAGCUACUCACUGGAUGAAUAGUUAUUCACUGAGCAGUUAAUCCUUAUGGGUUUAACUAACUCACCAAAAUGUAAGAGAACAAGUUUGGAUAUAAAUGUCAGAAAAAGAAAUGAGUCAUGGAUUGGACUUAAACCAUUUGGAAGAGUUUUUGUAUAAAUGCUUUAGUUCUGAUGUGUUUUGUGAAAGGAGUUUGGGUUGCUGCAUGAUUCAACGGAGUCCUCAGAUUCUUCACUUUUGUUUAACAAUGUUUACUCUCCAUUUCGUAAACUGACCCCUCAAUGCUACCUAAUCACUCCAGCUUGCUGAUUUACUAGAUUUUUUUUUGUUUGAAGCUCACCCAGUGAUUGUGGAUGGGAAUUAAGGCUAGGUGUGGGUCAGAGAGAAUGGUUGUUUUAAAACAUACUCAGCAGGUCACGCAGCAUCAGUGGAAAUGAAUAAACAGUCGACACUUUGGGCCAAGAUCCUUUGUCAGAACCUGUGGAGGGUCCCUUCCUGAAAUGUCAACUGUUUAUUCGUCUCCAUAGAUUCUGCCUGAUCUGCUGAACUCUCCUAGCAUUUUGCGUGUUACUCUCAAUUUCCAGCUUCUGCCGAAACUCUUGUAUUACUGGAUAUGGAAGGAUAAAAUAAAUAAUACAGAGAAUGAGUCAUGGAGUCCCUGAAAAGCAAGUCUGUAGGUUGUGGAAUCAUUUUGGUGCUGUGGAGAGUAAACUUAUCGAUGCCAGUUCAGGAGCCUGAUAAAAGUUUGUAGGAGAAUACCAAUUCCUGAACCUGGUGGUGUGAGACCUGAGGCUCCUGUACCUCCUGCCUUGAUGAUGGAUGCUAUCACUAGGACCACCCAUUUCCAGCUCUGAUCUUGCCCCAUUUCAGAUAUAGCUCUAUCCUUUAUCCAAUCUUCAUAACCUUCGGACUAAACUAUUCCAACUCUCUCCAGCCUAGCCAUAUUCAUUCUGUUCUCCGUAAGCACAAGCACAUCCAGGACACUGAUGUGCAGGUUUAACUUGUACGAAGUCCCAUUCACUCUGUGCUUGCUAACCUCUUUUGGCUGUCUGUUAAACACAUUAAAAUUCCAAAUCAUUUUUUUUGUCUCACCCUGCAAGUCUCUCUCCAAUUUUUGUUUACUGUCUAUCUCUCCAUGUUAUAUGAAUUCCUCCAGUUAGUGGUCGGAGAGUCAUAAAAUUGGAGAGAAUUGCAGUGCAGAAACAGGUCCUCCGGCCCAUCUCGUCCAUGCCAGCUUUCUCUUCUGCCUCGUCCCAUCUACCUCCACACGGACAAUAUUCCUCCUGUUCACAUAGCUAUCCGAAAGUUACAAAUGAACCCUCAUCUGCCACUUCCACUUCCAUUUGCACCCAUCUCUGAGUGAAGAAGUUCCUUUUCAGAUUCUCCUCGAGUAAGGAUUUUUGAAUUCAUUGAUGAUGUGACGAUUUUGUAUUUUCUUUCUGGCAACUGCCGAAUUUGUCUUUGAGUAUGGUUACCCAAGUAAUGAAGUCAGUGGCAACUUUGGUUUGUGUGAAAUUGCCUUGCUACUGGAUAGCAGCUUUGACUUCAGCAAUCCGAUUUUCCUGUCUUAGAUUUUGUGAAGUUUUGUAUUAGUUUUAGUUAUAAGUACCAGUUAUUUUAAAGAUUUCUUUUAAAUACAUAAAUUAUUCAGGUGAAAAUAGCAUUGUGAUACAGGAUGCCUGGAAUCAAAA